CAUAAUCAUUUCCCUCCCAAUCCGAAUACAUUUGAUUUGAUUCAAUGCAAGCGUUACGAAUUUUCCCUUUUUCAAAUUUUUGAGGGUUCUCAUGCAAUCUAUAAAUGCUGAUACUCCCCACUGAAAACACCUCUGCUAGUUCUCCAACAAGUUCGGGAGGUAGUACUGAAGUGAUCAGGGAGCGGCCUUCCAGUCAGGCUUUGAACGCAUAGUCACCCAACCGAUAAACAUCUGCAGAUGGAAACAACUUGUGGUUCUCUUUUAUCCGAGCUACAGAAAAUAUGGGAUGAAGUUGGAGAAGUUGAUAAAGAAAGGGACAAAAUGCUUUUUGAACUUGAACAAGAGUGCUUGGAUGCAUAUAGAAGGAAAGUUGAUCAGGCAAACCGCUGCCGAGCACAGCUGAGGCAAGCAGUUGCUGAUGCUGAAGCACAGCUUGCAGACAUCUGCUCUGCGUUGGGAGAGCGACCUUCUCAUAUAAAGAAGAGUUCUGGGAGCUUGAAGAAAGAGCUUCAGGAAAUUAUGCCUCGACUAGAAGAUAUGAAAAGGAAAAGAAAUGAGAGGAAGGGUCAAUUUGCCGAGGUUCUGAAACAAAUAAAUAGCAUCUCUACUGAGCUCGCAGGAUCCACAAAAGAAAACCUUAAUACAAUUCUCAUUGAUGAGAAUGAUUUGUCAAUGAAAAGAUUGGAUGAUUUACGAAGUCAGUUACUAAUGUUGCAGGAAGAGAAGGGUGAGCGCCUGAAGCAAGUGCUUGACCAAUUGAAUGUUCUGAAAGCUCUGUGCCUGGUGCUUGGGAUGGACUUCAAAUUAACAGUUUGUGGUGUUCAUCCAUCUUUGGAUGACUCAUGUUGCGCAAAAAGUAUAAGUGUGGAUACAAUAGAGAGCUUAUCUGCUACAAUAUUUAGGCUUAAAGAUGUCAAGCUGCAGCGAAUGCGAAGGCUUCAAGAUCUUGCAAUGACCAUGGUAGAGCUAUGGAAUCUGAUGGAUGCACCAGUCGAGGAGCAACAAAUGUUCCAAAAUGUCACAUGUACUAUUGCUGCAGCUGAAAGUGAAAUAACAGAGCCGAACUGUCUCUCUUUGGAGUUCAUCAAUAAUGCUGAGACAGAAGUGAUAAGGCUACAAGAAAUGAAGAUGAGUAAAAUAAAGGAGGUCUUUUUGAAAAAGAGAUUGGUUUUAGAGGAAAUAUGCCGAGAGGCACACAUGGUUGUUGAAGGACAAUUUGGAACAGAUUUUUCAUUGGAAUCUAUAGAGUCAGGAGCAAUCAGUACAUCCUUUCUACUAGAACAAUUGGAGAAUCAGAUUUCCAAGGUUAAAGAGGAAGCUUUCAGUAGAAAGGAGAUUCUUGAAAAGGUUCAGAAAUGGUUGGCUGCUCGUGAAGAGGAAUGCUGGCUGGAGGAGUACAACAGGGUUGGCCAUAAUGAUGACAAUCGUUAUAAUGCUGGGAGAGGCACACAUCUAUUGCUAAAGCGUGCUGAGAAAGCUCGUGUUAUUGUCAACAAAAUUCCAGCCAUGGUGGAGGCACUAAAAUCAAAAGCAAAAGCUUGGGAGAAAGAAAGAAAAGUAGAGUUCUUAUAUGAUGGUGUUGGGCUUGUUUCCAUGGUUGACCAGUACUUUGAGUUAAAACACUUGAAAGAACAAGAGCGUCAAAGGCAGAGGAGCAGAGCAAGAAGCAAUAUAUGGGUCAAAACCCAGUCCAUCCAAGAGUGGGAACAAGAAUUUGAGACCAUCAACUGGAGGUGUGGGUAAUAAGAGGUUUUCGUUAGGAGGGGCAAUGCUUCAAAACACACUUGCAGACAAAGCAGCUCUCUCUUCCCGUUCUCUUCUGAAGAAUAACCCUGUGAAGCGGCAGAGUUCUCACAACCAUAGCAACAAAGCUUUCAUGCCCCAUUCUUCUGGCAAGAAAAACACGUCUGCUGGCCCUGUUAAACAUCAUUCCAGCAACGCAUCAAACUCACAGCAUGCAGAACUAUUGCCACUGCGGAAGGCCCUCUCCCCCCUAUCUUCGUUAUCUUCCAAUAUCAUUUCGUGCAAUUUUCAGGACCAGAACACCAAAAGCGGCGACUUCCAGGAUACGCACGUAGUAUGUAAAACUCCAGCAACAACACCAACGAAGAACGUAUCAACUCAUGAUGAGAACAGAACACCAAAGACAAUGCCAAUUCCAGUGCCCGCUACUCCUCCAACGGUUUCUGCUGCAAUGCAAACGACCACGACCCCUUUUACACCUGCCAUUCGUGUUGCUGGAGGAGUUGAGUAUUCUUUCGAGGAGAAAAGAGCUGGUUUCGUCCUUCCUAGAUCACAUUCUAAAACAUUGCAACUAGUUUGAAGGUUGAGCCAUUGACAUCUGUAAGGUUUUAGGUUCAUAGGAUCACUUUCUGCUUCUUGAUUGACCAUCUAAAUCCCAUUCCACACAGGCCAUUGAUCUAUGGCUUCUACUACUUCCUAUUCAUGUAUAUAGGAUAAACUUCGACACGUCAUUGAUGUGCUUGAAUUGAUACUUCUUUUGGCUGCUGGGAAAUCAAGAUUUAGCUACUAGCCUAAUGUUAUUGCCUCGUAUCUGUUA